AUGGCAGAACCUGAAGUGGAACUAGAUUUAACAAUCGAUGAUUUAGUUCCUAAGAGUCCAGAAAGAUUGGCUGAAGAAAAGAAAGAAAGUGGGAACCAUCUUUACAAAUUCAAAAAUUAUAAAGGUGCACUGGUUUUAUAUGAAGAAGCAAUUAAAUUAUGCCCAGAAAAUGCUGCUUAUUACGGAAACAGGGCUGCCUGUUAUAUGAUGUUAGGAAUGUACAAAAAAGCUCUUGAAGAUGCCCUAAAAGCUGUUGCCCUUGACUCAACUUUUACAAAAGGCUAUAUACGCAUGGCUAAGUGUUAUAUUGCCCUUGAUGAUUUAUCUGGGGCAGAUCAAGCGAUACGACGUGCAAGCGAAUUGGGUGGUACAGAUUGUGCUUCGAACGAACGUAAGGCUUUGGAGUCUUUACGACGGCUACAUGAGGAUGCUCAGCGCGCUAUGGAGGCCGGCGACUUUCGACGCGUCGUCUUUUGCAUGGAUCGCUGCUUAGAAUACAGCCCAUCAAGCUCUAAGGCAAAACUCAUGAAAGCUGAAUGCUUAGCAAUGCUUGGACGAUGUCAGGAAGCUCAAGAAAUAGCCAAUGAUUCUUUAAGAUUCGACAGUUUUGAUACGGAGGCCAUCUAUGUGAGAGGAUUAUGCCUUUACUUUGAGGACAAAGAUGAACAGGCCUUCAAACAUUUUCAACAAGUGUUGAGGUUAGCACCUGAUCACAAAAAGGCUAUGGAAACAUACAAAAAAGCGAAAUUGUUAAAACAGAAAAAAGAAGAAGGUAAUGAAGCAUUUAAAAUGGGACGGUGGCAACAAGCUUUGACUCUCUACAAUGAAGCACUAACUGUCGAUAAAAAUAACAGAAAAGUGAAUGCCAAAUUAUACUUUAAUAAGGCAACAGUGUGUUCAAAAAUGAAUCAAAUAAAGGAAGCUGCUGAAGCUUGUACAGCUGCCUUGGAAUUAGAUGAAAACUAUGUAAAAGCUUUGUUGAGGAGAGCAAAAUGUUACACAGAACUAGGAGAAUUUGAGGAUGCUGUGAAAGAUUAUGAGAAACUAUACAAAAUCGACAAGAGCAAAACAAACAAACAGUUACUUCAUGAGGCCAAAAUAGCUUUAAAAAAAUCUAAACGUAAAGACUACUAUAAAAUUCUUGGAGUUGAAAAAACAGCCUCAGUGGAUGAUAUUAAGAAAGCUUACAGAAAGCGUGCCCUAGUCCACCACCCGGACCGCCACGCGGGCGCGCCGGACACCGAGCGCCGGGAGCAGGAGCGCCGCUUCAAGGAGGUGGGGGAGGCGUACGGUGUGCUCAGCGACCCCAAGAAGCGCGCGCGCUACGACCACGGACACGACCUGGACGAAGACGGCUCUGGCAUGGCUGAUAUAGAUCCAAAUAUGGUAUUCCAAACAUUCUUCAGUCGUGGCGGUCAACAUUUUGACUUCAAUGCUGGAGGAGGCUUCCCAGGAUCCCCCUUCAGUUUCCAGUUUGGU